AUGCGAGCAGCUAAUCGAGGUAAAGUGGCCAUUUCUCGGGCCUUGCGGACCCAGCAGCGCGUGUUGCAGAGCCUUUCCGUCACGUCCUCCGUGUCUCCAUGCGUCUCCGCUUCCUCCGCUCGCAAUUUCCACGCGUCUAGCUCAGCCCUGGCGGGUGGACGCCGCACGGACGACUCGGAAGCUACACUGGAACAGCAGAUGCUGGACUUCAUGAAGCUGGCAGAGGAGGACGAGCUGUCUCCGACUAUGGAUGAGUCGCUAUCCAGUGUGCAGGCCGAACUACCGGUCAGUGGCGUGGUUAUGGGCGUACAGAAUGGAUUGGCGCGCGUCUCGGGGCUACGUCAUGCCACCAUCGGCAGCGUCGUGGACGUGUCGGACGCCUCGGGCCAGUCGCUGAGCCAAGGACUCGUGCUUUUUAUGGAGAAGAAGGUGGUACACGUAGCGCUACUGAACGCCAGCAGUGCGAGCCCCGUAAGCAAAGGUAUGGACGUGACGCUGCAGCGCGAGCAGCUCGAGAUCCCUGGCAGCGUCGCGGCCUUCGCCGGCGCCGUCGUGGACCCUCUGGGCCGAGCCGUACAGCUUGACGAGAACGAAGAACAUGAAAAACAGGACAAGACAGCCAACGACCGCGUCAAAGUCACAUGGGGCGCACAGAGCGUGCCUGGACUCAUGACACGUGCGCCGUUGCGCUCUCCGUUCGAGACAGGCUUACUGGCCGUAGACUGUCUGCAUCCCAUGGCCCAUGGACACCGCUUUGGAGUGCUAGGACCGAAGAACUCGGGCAAGACACGCGUAGCACUGGACGUCAUCGCACACCAAGUAGCGAAGGCCAAAGCACGCAGAGAAAUUCCGCCUCAGUUUGUGUACGUUUGUAUCGGUAAGAGCGCGUCGAGGAUCCACCAGAUUCGGGAUGCGUUGAAAGUCACAGGAGCUUUGGAACACACGGCUAUCGUCGCGUCAAGCGACCGUGACUCGCCCGUCCUGCAGUACUUGGCGCCGUUCACAGGCUGUGCAGUGGCAGAGUAUUUGAUGUACAACGGCAGGUCUCCAAGAAGUGUCGUGGUGUACGAUGACUUGGCAACACACACGACAGUAGUGGAGGGUCUCGUGCAGGCGCUUAAACUGCCGCGUGUGGCUCAGAUCAGCCUCAGUGCACACGCUGUGCUUAUGGAACGUUCAGCCCAAUUCAAGGGCGCUACUAUGAAGGAGACAGGGCCAUCGCUCACGUCGCUAGUGCUUGUGGACUCCCCGGACAGUUUGGAGAUCCCGUCCGAGUUCCAGGAACGUGUAGCGUCGCUUGUUGACGACUACGUUGGCCUUGAAUCGUCACUGGCACGCAGCCGAGUGUUCCCGCCUGUAGACGUCUUGGCGCCAGGUGCAUCCGUGCGUGGCCCUCCGUUCCAAUCGGCCACGCGCUGGACGUUUGUCAGUCGUCUGCGUGCACGUAUUAACGCUGCUGCUCAGGUCAAGCAGAACGUGGAAGUGGCUCGCAAACUGGGCUUCGAGACGGAGCCAGAGGACGCAGAGACGCUGGAGUUUCUGGCACUAGUACAGCAGUUUUUCACCCAGAAGCCCUUGCUGUCGACGACGUCAGAGACUGGACAGACGGCGCCCACGGAGCUGGAGACGGAGCUGGGUGCGUUCUUCCUGACUAUUGUAGACAUGGCGCAUCUUCCUGGUAGCGAUGGAGUAGAGGAUGCACCACUGAAUCUGUGGGAGUUCCUGCAUUCUGUCGUCGCCACCUUGUCUCGUGAAGAGAACUCGGACAUUCUGCACCAGCUGAAGACACACUCACGUACCAAGGCGUGGUCGCUGGAUCUUCAGGAGAAUGUGGCCUUGGCGCUUUUCGAGGAGAUGGAGGCGAUUAAGCGACGCCGGACGGAGGAGUACAAGCAAGAGCAAGCGAGGCGCAAACAGUACCUGCGCAAACUUCAGGAGCGCAAAACUGGCAAAACGAAGGCUUAAGGCAGCUUUGGCGUGAAUAGAAUCCAACCUUUACCUAGCACUGUGCUUUUUUGUAUUUGUUCAAAGCAGGGAUUGGAAAAAUACAUUGGCAGCAAAAUUUUUUUUUACUGCGAUUUGCCACUGCAGUGC